UCGCGUCGAGGCCCUCGCUGACCGGGGGUUUUCAGCCGCGCGCAGCCCCGAGCUACUAGUACGUGCCAAGUCCAGCGGGCGUGCGGCGCUUUGAUGGAUGGAGGGAGACACAAGAUCACACCUGAAAUGAGGGUAUCCUGACUCUCGUUCGUGUUAGCCUCCUCCGUCGAGCUUCCCUCUCGUCAGACUUAAAAUCGCUUCAGCCCACCAACGAGAGAAAUCAUGUUGUGCCUGGGCAGCACCCUCCAGUCAUUCAUUCUCCGCCUCGGGAGCCUAGACCUGCUAUAACACAGCGUUGCAGGUGUCCAAACAACCCACAGGGAAGCUAUUCAUACGGUAUCGAAGAUGCGUACCAGCAUGAACCUGAUCGGCCUCCUGGCCGCGGCCGGGUCGGCCGUUGUGUCCGCCUGUGUCCCGCCGGCCACGCCGCUCCCGGACACCAUCCUGGAGCCAUUCCGGAUCCAGUACCAGAACACGUCCUACCCUGCCGUCCACAAGCUGCACCUCAACGCCGGGCUGGCUGGCGGCGGCGACCGUCACCUGUUUACCGACCCCGUCGGCGACAAGAUCUUCAACAUGACGCUCGUGGACGGCGCCAUCACCAACACCUGGGCCGAGGGCACCCUCCGGGCCGUCAUCGGCGGCGAGCACAGCACCAUCGACAAUACGGACAAGAUUUUCAUGACGAACCGUGGCGACCCGGUCGCCGUCUUCAAGCCGACCUGGGGCUGCGACCCCGACACGGACCAGCCACAGGUCGAGCUGGUGUUCCAGGGCCAUCGCAAGGGAAGCACGUUUGUUCCUGGUGGCUGGUACUGCAUCCGGCCCACGUAUGAUGGCGCCUACGAGUCCCGUUACUACCCGCCGGGUAACACUGCCAACGACCCCAACAAGUUCUGCGUCAAGGUGACUCUGGUCGCCCUGGUAUCUCAGGCCCCUGUCGCCUCGACCACUACCCAGACGUCCACCACUUCUGCGACCACGACCGUCACCACCUCCUCCACCCUUCCGACCACCACGCAGACAACCACCACCUCGGCCACCACAACCGUCACCACCGCCUCCCCCACCACCCUCUCGACCGUCACGACAACCGGCCCCGCCAACCCCAGCGCGACCGGCAAGUUCACCGACAUGACGGCGCAGGGGUACGCCUUCCAGGGCUGCGCGCCCGAGGAGCGCACGGCCAACGACGAGCCGGGCCGGACCCUGGGCGGACCCCGGUUCAGCGCCGACGACAUGACCAACGAGAAGUGCUUCGAGUUCUGCGCCGCGAGGGGCUACAAGCUGGCGGGCACCGAGUACCGCCGAGAGUGCUACUGCGGCAACGCCCUCUUCAGACCGACCCGCCAGCCCGCCACCACGGUCGCCAGCCUGGCCGGCUGCUCGUACCCGUGCGCCGGCAACGCGGCCCAGUUCUGCGGAGGCUCGGCCUGGCUGAGUCUGUACAGGAAGUGCGAGGCUGGGGAGACGUGCGUGAACGCGCAGUUUACAUAAAGGGCGGGACUGCACACGGCUCUUUGUGCUGAUCGGGAUACUCCUGAUUUACGGGGUUGCAGUUGGAGGCUACCAUUGGAUAAUUUCUAGAUAAUUUCAUGAUUGAUGGCUGCAACCAGAAUUUUCC